CUUCUUCCUCGACACAAACAUUCUCCUCUCAACAAGCUAGACUUGUCUUUUUUGCUUUUUUCAUCAUCUUCACCGGUUGAAGCUCUUUGAUACUAUUUUUUUUCAUCAACAAAAACAAGCAAAAAUGCAGUUCUCCACCAUCCUCGUCGCCCUCUUUGCCAGCGUCGCCCUCGCCGCCCCGGCUGUCGACUCUUCUUCGCUCGAGGCCCGCCAGGCUGUUCGAACUGAGUGUGUCUUAUGCCGCCAGGACUGCUUCAACAGCAAGGGCACUGGCUUUAAUUCUUGCAUCGAGAGCAGCUGCAACAAGGCUCUUGGCUGCGGUCUGACCCCUUAGAUGAGGAGAGCUUGUGGCAUUGGGGUGGAAAUGGAGGAAGAAGAUUAACGC